AUUAGCGCAGUAAUACUACUUUACUGCUUCACCUCUACCAGGACAGGAGAAGUCUAUAAGUCAACCGCGCGACGAGCUAGGGCUCGAGAGAGCCAGGGAUAUAAGUCCGAUAAGGAAUUAGAAGCCCGUGUAAUAGCAGCUUGUUAUAAGUAUUUUGUCCUUACUAUCAAACGUAUAGAAGGAGUACCUAUACUUGUACUAACCUACUAG